ACUAUCAUCACUACCGGCGUGCUGUGUUCCUUCUUUUAUCCCUGCUAUCGAUUCUUAUUUGAUAUAUCUUAUCCAAUCUUAUUUGGCCGAUAUCUCGGCCAAAUCCACGCCAAAUUGUGCAAAAUCACAGUGAGGCUUCGACUAAUUUUUAUCAAUUUUGGUUCACAUGGAUAACUAUUUUUGGGGCAUACAAUGCCAAACAACAGUCAAUAAGAAUCAUUUUCACAUAAGGAAUAAUAGGAAUAAUUUUCCUAUGUUAUUUCUUGUUCUUAUUUCUGUUGUUUGACAUUGUAUGAUGUCUCUUAUGUGUAGAAUGGCAGCUGUUCAUUCUUAUAAUGCGGAAAAGAACCGCAAACUAAAAAGAUCAAAUCCAACGAAUAUAUCAGAAAUGAGUAAUCCGAAGAUUAUGUAUCUUCCGCCCAACAAUUUUAUAGAGAAUAAUAUUAUAAAAAGACUAGAAAAUGAAGAGCAAGACGAAUAUGUACAUGAAGAAUAUCUAAUCGAGGAUGAACAAUUAAAUAAUGUAGAUGAGGAUGUUGAAAACGAAAUUAAUCAUGAAGAUAAACAAGUGCACAACAAUGCAGUAUGUUGUAGUAAGUAUACAUUUUUUAACAUCUAUACUUAUAUUAUCUGUUAUUAUCUGAUUAUUUUAUUAUUUUUCUUUCCAGAUAAUUGUAGAGAAGAACGAAAACGUUAUGAAUAUUUGAUUAUGCGAAAAGUAAAUGAGUUAAUAGAAAUUGUACGAGCAAAUACUAAUCCUAUGGAGCAAAGAAAUCGUAAUUAUUCACUUCUGCCCCCGAUGCCAUUCAGUAUAGACGCACUACAACAUUUUGAUCAUGAUUUGAAUGAGAGUGAGGAAAUGCGAAAUCAAUUUAUGCAAAAAAUUCAAGAAAUUGGUGGGAAGACUGUUCAAAAAGUAAUCAAAUAUGCCAUGGAAACAGUUAUGACGGAUAAUUUAACUUAAACUGUAGUUUGGACUCUCGGAGCUGAAAACGUUCCAAAAAUUUCAAAAUUUAGAUUUCCAUACCUUAUAAUUAGUACGUAAAAAACCUUUAGUUAAGUAAAAUCCUAGACAUUGUGACGGCAAUGCAGAACAAAUGUAACGGAAAUUGAUUUCUUGAACUACAGAUGUUAAAUUUGUUUAAUUAUGAAUAUAGCGAAUGUUGAUCGAAAUAAAUAUUUUACACGUUAGUUUACAAUUUGCAUUACAUCUGUUCCACAUUGGCAUCACAAUAUUCAAAUUGACACAUAUUCUGCCAGUCAAUUUUAGAAUGGAAAAUUGGCAUUUCUCUUCUAUACAAUAUUCGGAAAUUUUAUCCAGGUGUUUUCGAAUGUCGUUCUGUCUUUGUUAACUACUUAAAGUUAUAUAGAGUUAUAUAAAGACAUUUGAAUGAAUUUAGAUGAAGUUUCCGAAUAAAAACACAGCUCUAUCAUAUUUCGUGAUAUUGUAUUGAUAAUAUCCGUUUACUUUUUCUAUUUUUUUAGAUGUUGUACGUAACAUAUUUCCGGAAACAAAAAUAAAAGCACUUGAAGCUCGAAUUGCCGACUGGCUUCGCCGUGGGGGCGAUCGAAUAAAAGCAAUCAGAGUAGCUGAAAAUAAACGACGUGAACAACGUGAGCAACUAUAAGUCUGUGAAAAAGACUGACAAAAUAUUGAAUUUUAUGUUUAAUAUUAAAUUUUAUGAUAAAAUUUUAUGAUAAAUUUUAAGACAAAAUGUUGAAUUUUGUGAUAUUUAAUAUUAACAUGGAUGUUUUUUUUAUAAAUAAAUAAUAUUUUGAUUUUCUUAAAUCUGAUGUCUAAAUAUGAAUUGAGCAGAUAAUGAAAGUUUAUUAUCUGAAAUACGGAUUAGUUAAUUGUUAACUAUUAAUAAUUUUAAUUAAUAAUCAAGUUUAGUUGAUUAGUAAUUAAAAUUGUUAGUAGUUAUUGCAAUAAACUAAUCCGUAUUUCAAAUAAAAAACUGAUCGUUGCUUAUACCUAUUUUAUAUAACCUGUAAAUAAUUAAGAUAUCUUUUGGAUAUUAUAAAUUGAUACCAUUUAGAUAACCUUUACAAACUUUCUUAAUGACUAUAAGGUAUCUGUUAGAUGACCAGUGUAUUUGUUAAUUUUAUGACUUUAAAUGGAUAUAUUUUGGUUAUAGCAACUCGAUAACUUUAUGUUUACAUAUUGGCAAUUGAUAAAGGUUUACCAUAUGCUGGCAAUUUGAUAACCAUUAUAAGUUUUCCCAUAGUUAGCAUACAGACAUAAAUAAGUCAUCAUCCAAGCGAAAAUAAGUGAUACUAUUUGUAAUGCAAAAAGGUAUCUUUUUAGCCAGUAAAAAAGUCAUCCGAAUCUUUUUUUGGUUAACUUUUUCAUAUCUUUUUGAUAACAUAUUGCUACCUGGGUACUUACCUGAGGCCGUUCCUGGAAGGAGAGCCGUUCCUGAUCCGUCCUGGGAGAAGCAGCAGCACCUGAAAAAUAAAAGAUACAAUUAGUUCUAAAUAUUAAGUGCAGAUCCUGAGUGUGCGUGAGCACGAGUGUUAUUGGAUUACGUUCGAGUUUGUAUCCAGCCGUGACGUCGGGAAUCCGUACGAGAGCUCGAGGCCGUUACAGUCACCACAAGGUCAUCGAGGCAACCUUGCUUCUGGUAAAGGUGAAAGAAGCUGGCCGUGUAGGGGACCUGUUAAAAGAGCGACAAAAGGUUUGUGAGUUUCCAAUUAUCCGAAAGUUCCAAUUCCGUGUAUCAAAUCUCCGGUCACAACCUAACCUUAAAACCGGCCCCCAGCAGCUCGCAGCACCCCGACCCGGUGGCGGCAGUAGCAUCAACGUCUGGCCUUUCGGCGUCUUAGACCAAGCUGUUCGUGUCCGAACGAGUCGAGAGGAAGACCAGCGACGGGAAAAGUAUAGUAAGCGUCAUCCUGCAGCGUACCCCAGUACCAACGGACGACGGGGCAACCACAGGCAAGCCAACCCGACCCGUAGCUGAAGGGAAAGAGGCGUAGGACACGCUAUAUCAACACGAGGUCAAACCCCGACAAUUCCUUUUAUUUUCCAAACUUGCGUUAAUUAUUUUAUUACAAGUUUAGAGCGAGCGGUAAAUCAGCGCGCGCAGAUAAAGUCAUAUUUCUCGACUUAUUUUAAAUAUGUUCUUUUAACAUUCACUUAUUAUAAAUAUUCGUGUGCUCAUUAUUAUUAUAUAUAUAUAACCUUAGUUGUAAGCAUUCUAAGUAUUCAUUUCAUAUGUUUGUGUGUGACAUCCUUCACACAAUGAUUUCUGUACCUUGUAUGGUACUGCUAGCUUUAUUAGCUAUUUUCUUUUUUGUAGUCAUUAUAAUAGUCAUUUGCUACCCAGCCUAUUUCUAAAACUGUUUUAUUUCAUUCUUUGUACUAGCGUGCAUGAUGCUAGAAGCGCAACGCAUAUGCUUUAACUUUAAGUUAAUUAGUUUAAAUACACUGAGGCUCAACGCCAAACUCCUUCUAUUAUUUGUAUUUAGUUACAUUACGUUCAAUUUAAGUCGUUUUAUACGUUUUACAGUUCAGUUAGUUCAUACAAUCAUUUUAAGCAAACUGCACUUUAAGUGCAAUCUUUAUAGUAUAAACUGCACUUUAAGUGCAAUAUUCAAAAAUUCAUGAUAACAUUGGUAAAUGCAUCAAACCGCACUCUGGUGCGCUAUUUAUGUACAACCGAUACCCAAUAAGGAAUUGGUACUAUUUGAUAUUAUUUUAUCUUACGAAAUUGUCAUUUUGACAUGUUCGAAGCUCAACUUUUGUGCUAUGCUUAUUUUCUUACAAGUCUAAUUAUUUUGAGGCUUAACGCAACUCUUUUAGUUUUAUACGCUUAUUCGAUGCAUUUCCUAGUGUCUUGGCUUUAGUGAGCCACGAAUAACAUAAAAUCCGUUAAUCGAUGUGAAUUGCACCUUAAGUGCGAUCAUCGGCAUAUAGCUGCACUUGCAAGUGCAGUCUCCACUUGAUGGUGGGGAUACGCCGAAAUGGAGGGGGCAACAGACGCGAUGCCCACAGCGCAACGAGACCGCGCAGCCGAGCAAGCCGCGAGAAGUGGGGGCUUCAACCAACCUUGCGCCCCGAAAAACCGACGCCACGCGGGAUUGGCGGAUCCCGACGGAAGGAGGUAGCGUCACUCUCCCGAGUACUUAAGCGAGCACCGAGAGCUCUCGAGAGCUUUCGCGCCCGAUCUUUUACCACGACAACACUUCGGAAGUAGAAGACGAGUUUUCGCGCCCGAACUUUUACAGCAAUAACACCUCGCAAGUUAGAAGACGAGCUUCGCGCGUAAGGGCGUUGGUCGCCGAAUGCGAGUAGGUGACCACCGGCGGAAGUUCCGCGAUUCGAGUAAUUAAAGAUCGUUUUGCGUAAUACGUCAUUGUUAUCCGAAUGCGAGUAGGAGUAACAAAUUGCGAAGACUCUUCAUUAGUCUUAUUCGUUAACUCGUUUGUGAAGUAAGCGACGCGGACGGGAAGUGUCUGUGAUAUGAAGAGAAUAUAUAAACGAUCGAAUAAAUUUUUAUAUUUUAUUGUUAAUUAAAACAAAGUGAACUGAUUUACUUACCCAUGUGUUGUGCGACGAUCCUGAUCCUGGGAGACGAUCCUUGAUGAACCUGAAAUAAAAAAAAGGGACUUAAAAGGGAAAAUAAUACCUCUCGAGGCUGUGAACGCGGGUUAACACUAUUUCGUUAGAUACUUGCCUGAGGCCGUUCCUGGAAGGAGAGCCGUUCCUGAUCCGUCCUGGGAGAAGCAGCUGCACCUGAAAAAUAAAAGAUACAAUUAGUUCUAAAUAUUAAGUGCAGAUCCUGAGUGUGCGUGAGCACGAGUGUCAUUGGAUUACGUUUGAGUUUGUAUCCAGCCGUGACGUCGGGAAUCCGUACGAGAGCUCGAGGCCGUUGCAGUCACCACAAGGUCAUCGAGGCAACCUUGCUUCUGGUAAAAGAAGCUGGCGACCGUGUAGGGGACCUGUUAAAAGAGCGACAAAAGGUUUGUGAGUUUCAAAUUAUCCGAAAGUUCUAAUUCCGUGUAUCAAAUCUCCGGUCACAACCUAACCUUGAAACCGGCCCCCAGAAGCUCCCAGCACCCCGACCCGGCGGCGGCAGUGGCAUCGACAUCUGGCCUUUCUGCGACGCAGCCUAAGGUUUUCGUAGCUGAAAGGGUCGAGAGGAAAACGAGCGACGGAAAAAACAUCGUAAGCGUCAUCCUGCAGCGUACUCCCGUACCGGCGGACGACGGGGCUACCCCUGGCAAGCCAACCCGACCCGAGGACAGCAGGGAAGCGGCGUAGGACGCGUUUACAUCUACGAGGUCAAACCCUGAAAGAUUUUCUUAUUUUUUAGUUUAUUUUCUAAACUUUUGUUAAAUAAUUUUAUUUCGAGUUACCAGCGAGCGGAAAACCAGCGCGAGCGCAUAGGGUCAAAUUCGCGACCUAUUUUUAAUCAUUACUUAACUUUUCUUAUUACAUAAAUAUAUAUAUUCGUGUGCUUAAUUUUACUUAUAAUCUUAGUUUCUAAGUUUUCUAAGUCCUUUUUUCAUAUGUUCGUGUGUGACAUUUUUUAUACAAUGAUAUCAGUACCUUGCAUGGUACUACUAGCUCUAUUAGCUAUUUUCUUUUUCACAGUAAUUAUAAUAAUCAUUUGCUACCCAGCAUACUUCUAAAACAGUCUAAUAGUUAUUUUCUGUACUGGCAAGCGUGUUGCCAGAAGCACAAUGCAUGUGCUCUAUUUUAAGUUAAUUAAUCUAAAUACACUUAGGCUCAACGCCAAAUUCUUUCUAUUGUUUAUAUUUAAUCACAUUACGUGUGAUUCAAGUCAUUUUAUAAGUUUUUUUAGUUCUUUUGCAAGUUUAAGUAAACUGCACCUUAAGUGCAAUCUUUGUAGUAUAAAAACUGCACUUUAAGUGCAAUAUUUAAAAUUUUACAGAAACAUUAGCAAAUGCAUCGAAUCGCACUCUGGUGCAUAUUUCACGUAAAACCGACACCCACUGAGGGUUUGGUACUAUUUGAUAUUUUCUAUUUUUCGAAAUUGUCAUUCGGACAUGCUCGAAGCACAACUUUUGUGCUAUGCUUAUUUUCUUACAAAUCUAAUUAUUUUCUGGCUUAAUGCCACCUUUUUAGUUUCAUACGCUUAUUCGAUGCAUUUCCUAGUGUCGUGGCUUUAGUGAGCCACGUAUAACAUGAAAUCGGUUAGUCGGUGUGAAUUACACUUUAAGUGCGAUCGACGGCAGACAGCUGCGCUUACAAGUGCAGUCUUCACUCGAUGGUGGGGAUACGCCGUGAUGGAAGGGACAACAGACGCGUUGCCCCACGGCGCAACGACGCCGCGCAGCCGUGCCAGCCACAGGGAGUGGGGGCUUCUACCAAGCCUUGCGCCCGGUAACACCGACGCUACGCGGGAUUGGCGGAUCCCGUCGGGAGGGGGUAGCGUCUCUCUCCCGGUACAUAAGCAAGCAGCGAGAGCUCUCGAGAGCUUUCGCGCCGGAACCUUAACAGCGAUAACAUCUCGCAAGAGUGAAAGACGAGCUUUCGCGCCGGAACCUUGAUAACGCUAACAUCUCGUAAAGUAAAGAAGGAGCUUUCGCGCCGGAACCUUUACAGAGUUAACAUCUCGACAGUGCGAAGUCGAGUUUUCGCGCCCGAUCUUUGUGAGCGUUAGGGCGUUGGUCGCCGAAUGCCAGUAGGUGACUACCGGCGGAAGUUCCGCGAUUCGUAUAAUUAAAAAACGUUUCGCGUAAAAAAUUAUAGUCACCCGAAUGCGAGUAGGUGUGACAAAUAGCAGACUAUUCGAUAGUCUUAUUCGUUCACUCGAUUGUGAAUUAAGCGACGCGGACGGGAAGUGUCUGUGAUAAAGGAGAACAUACAUAUUUUCUUGAAUAAAUUUUUAUUGUUAUUGUUAACAAAACAAAGAGAACUGAUUACUUACCUAAGUGUUGUGCGACGAUCCUGUUCCUGGGCGAUGAUCCCUGAUGAUCCUGAAAUAAAAGAUAGUUACUUACCUGAGGCCGUUCCUGGAAGGAGAGCCGUUCCUGAUCCAUCCUGGGAGAAGCAGCAGCACCUGAAAAAUAAAAAGAGAUAAUUAGUUCUUAAUAAUAAGUGUGGAUUCCGCGUGUGCGUGAGCACGAGUGAAAUUGGAUUACGCUCGAGUCAGUAUCCAGCCGAGACGUUGGGAAUCCGUACGAGAGCUCGAGGCCGUUGCAGUCAUCACAAGGUCAUCGAGACAACCUUGCUUCUGGUGAAGGUUAAAGAAGCUGGCGACCGUGUAGGGGACCUGUUAACAGAGCGAUAAAAGGUUUGUGAGUUUCCAAAUUAUCCGAAAGUUCUAAUUCCGUGUAUCAAAUCUCCGGUCACAACCUAACCUUGCAACCGACUCCCAGACGUUCCCCUCAGCCGGUGGCAUCAACAUCGAAACAGCAGCAGCGGAGUGGCGAAAUAUCAUUUUACGAAGCUGCGAGAACUGAGAGGAAGCACCUUCAGGGUAAGGAGGUACUUAGCGUGACGUUGAGACGAGCGGAGGUGAUCGCCGACGCGAAGAAGCAAUAGAGUCGCGUUAAUCUUAAUAAAUGCGCGAGAUUUAGUAGCGAGCGCAAAAAGAUAUCUUAUAUUAUUUUUAAUAGGCUAGCGUUAAUUUUAGUUAGUUUAUGUCAAAGCGACAAUGUUUUUUAUUUUUCGUUUACCAAAGAGGUACAAGUCAUUAUUCGAUAGCUAGCGAUAAAGUGAACGCGCGAAUAGCGUAUGAAUAUGUUUUCCUUAUACAAGUUCAUAUAUAUACAUAUAUAUAUAUCUUUAAAUUUUAUAACUUUAUUAAUCUUUUAUUAUCCAGUAAAAUACGUUUAAAUUCCCUUUUUAUUAGUUUAAUGCAUGUUGGUAAAACGAAAACGGCAUGUGUAAAGUCGAGAAAAAUCUUGUCUUAUUUUUAAUAAAUGACUUUGUAAUUUUUAUGUUAUCUUUAAACGUUACAUUCCUUGUAACAUACGCCUGGUGCAUGUACGUCACCGUAACUUGAUAUUAUUUGUCGUUUUAUCAGUUUUAAGAACAUUGAUAAGUAUUGGUCAGGGUGGCACUUUAUUUGUCAAACCUGCACUUUUAAGUGCAACCCGUAGAAACAUUACGGGGAGCAAAGUACAGCGUAAAGCGCAACCUGAGCUGCACUCUGAAGCAAUAACGAGCUAUCCUGUGAUUGGUCGACCAGCCUGGAGAGGGGAUGACCACAGCCAUCCUGCGAAGCGGCAGUGCCAUCGUACGGGGAUUGGACGUACGAUACCUGGAGGGGGUAAACACACUCUCCCGACGUCGCAGACGCACGGGGAUUGGAGGAAGCGCGCAGAGUGAGGGAAGGCACCAACCCGGGUAUAAAAAACGAUGCGAGGAGCUCACGAGAGCUUUUCGCGCCACGAAUUUCGUCGAGUAAAAACCUCACGACAUUAAAAGUGAGAGCGACGCGUAGUGUUUCUAGAAGUUACGCCGAAUGCGAGUAGGCGUGCGUGAGCGCGAUAGUUCCGCGGGAUUGCUCGAAGUGCAUACCGUGUUUAGUUUACGAACUGGGCCGAAUGCGAGUAAGCCCAAGAUUUUUUGUUUAUUAAUUGCAAUCCGUUUACCUGAUUGUGAUGAGGCGUCGCGUACGAGACAUGUGAAGAUUUAUUUUGACACACGACAUUCCGAAACGAAUGUGAAGAAACGACGCGUCCGGGAAGUGAUUGUGAAACGUGCAAAUCUGCAAAACAUGAAUAAAUUGUUUUUUUUAUUGUUUGUUUAAUAAUCAAACGUCUAAUUAACUUACCUUGCGUGCGUGAAAAUCCGAUCCUUGUCCUGGUGGCUGAUCCUGGGAAAACCUGAAAAGAGAAAAAAUCCUAAUUACAACCGGGGCGCAAAGCAGACACCUAACCUAAAAAA